GAUGAGCGAUUCGCCCUCUGAUGACAUUCCAUGCGAUGAGUCCAGCGACGCCGCCGUCGAGGGAAUGGGAAUGUUCCAAUGGGUCAAGAUCUUCACCAGCAAGCUCGGCUUGGACGCGUUGCGUGGGCGCUUGAGAAAUACCAAGAUUCUUUGCGCAGAAGCAUGCGCUGGAGCGUGUACUGGAACCUAUAUCCUGAAGGAGCUCAGCGAACACCUGGGCUUCAACACCUCCACCAGUUCCGUUUCUGAACCAGAUCCAGUCAAGCGGGCUUGGAUUUCAAACAACUUUGGUUCUAGAAUCGACCACCACUUCAAGUACGUUUCUGAACAAAGAAUGGGUGGGUUCUGCCUUCAACACAACCAAGAUUGCACGUGCCCGGAUGAGGAGGAUUUGCUGCUGGCUGGCCCACCAUGCCAACCUUAUUCAAGGUUGUCGUCGCUGAAACGGCGGGUCGACUGGAAUCCGUUUGACGACCCCAAGGGGGAAGCAUUCUUGGACACUACGCGGUACAUACGACACAAGCGACCGACAGUGGCAAUCCUUGAAGAGGUGGCUGACGUCAUGACACCAUGGCCAUCUACUUGCCAGGGCACCUUCUUUCACAAGUACAAGUGUCCUCUGGAUUUUAUGCUAUCUGGAGAGAUGGAAGCAAGUGGCGAGAAAGUUGGAUUGAACCACAUCCCGAACUAUUGGUUGACGACUAUGAUUUUAGAGACUUCGCACUACCAAGUUCCUCAGACGAGGAAACGGCUUUACAUGGUCUUGGCGCGGAAGGACGUGUGCUCAGAAGAGGUUGUUGUCAACCUGCCCGAGAUUGCUGGAAAGGUGCUCUCAGAGGCGAUGCGAGAAGCCUCCCGCCGGCCAACGAUCCAGGAGAUCAUGGCCCACAAUAGACAGGUGCUCCAGAUUUUGGAGCGGCGCCCAACCUUCCCAGCUGUGUCGCAGGACGGGAAGGUGUCCAAGUCCACCAAGCUACUGGUGAAGUCGUUCAAGAAGAAUCUCGGUGUCGCUCCGUACGGACCAGUGGAGUGCUACUCGAAUUCCGAGCCGGCAAGGAGCCAGCUGAACAAUCGAGAGCGAGAUUGUGUCGAUGUUCACUAUGCAAGCUUGCAAGCAAGCGGGAUUGACCCAGAAAAAGCUCAGUGCAAUGUCGAUGUAGCCCGAAGUAUUGGCAGAAGACACAUCGGCAAAUGGGGUCGGACAAGUGCUCUCACCAGAUUCGUGAAAAUCUGGGACUUCGAGCCACAAUCCUUUCUUUCUGGCGAAGACCUUCUGAUUCUCCAAGGCUUUCAGAUCGAGAAGUUGCGGCUAGAUGGUAUGAAGUACUCAGAUUUGGCAGCUUUGAGUGGCGACAGCUGGACUGUUCCGGUUGCAGGAGCAUUGAUCACUACCGUCCUGGCUUUUUUGCUUCCUUACAAGCUGGGAAAGAAAGCGCCAAUCCUUUUGAGCGAUUUUUUGACCCACAAUGAUUUCCCAAUCACAGAGUCAGAGUGGUCGUUCAUUCCGUCACCUGGGGAGGUUUCAACUUGUUCAGAUUCAGAACCUGAACCACAUGUCGAACCCGUGCCGCUGCCCAAAGUGAAACCGUUCAGCAGAACGCUGACAAGCUGGCAUACCAGGGCGCUUUCGCCACGCUUUUCCGACCAUAGUUCUGAUGAUGGCAUUGGCUUCGGCGGCGUCAGCAGAGGAUUUCUUGGGGGGCGGGACGCUUCUGCGCCAAGUUAUGCGAAGGACUGA